GUCGUUUCACGAACAGCCAAUCGCAGUCAGUGACUGAGAGGGAAGGGCUCUAUGUUUAGAGCAUUUUCAAGAGCUUUGCUCGGCGCCCACCGUCUCCUCCAUUUCAACCCCAGCUCCAGCGCCACCUUCCGCGUUUCCCUCUCCACCAUGUCUAUUCCAGCAGCAGCCAAGCGAGUGGGCACCCACAAUGGAAGCUUCCACUGUGAUGAAGCACUCGGCUGCUUCAUGAUUCGCCUGACCAAAAAGUUCGCCGACGCUCAUAUUGUUCGAACCCGUGACCCCCAGGUACUGGAAACGCUUGACGCUGUGCUUGAUGUGGGUGGAGUUUAUGAUCCCGCCAAAGACCGCUACGAUCAUCAUCAAAAGGGUUUUGAAGAAGUCUUUGGACAUGGUUUCGGUACUAAGCUCAGUAGUGCUGGUCUUGUUUAUAAGCAUUUUGGGAAGGAGAUUAUAGCUAAGGAGCUUCAAGUUGAUGAGGACCAUCCAGAUGUGCAUAGAUUGUUCCUUGCAGUCUAUAAGAGCUUCAUGGAGGCAAUUGAUGCAAUUGACAAUGGAAUCAAUCAAUAUGAUACUGACCAGCCACCAAGAUUCGUAAAUAAUACUCAUUUGUCUUCAAGAGUCGGAAAAUUAAACUUGGAUUGGAUAGAUCCCGAUCAAUCAGCUGAGAAGGAAAAUGAAGCCUUUGAAAGUGCCAUGACUCUGGCAGGCAAAGAGUUUUUGGAUAGUCUCCGAUUUCAUGCAAGAUCAUGGCUGCCAGCUCGUUCAAUUGUUAGGAAAUGUCUUGAAGCUAGGCUUGAAUAUGAUCUGUCUGGAGAAAUCAUGGUAUUAGAUAGAUUUUGUCCGUGGAAACUUCAUUUGUUUGAGCUGGAGGAAGAGAUGAAGAUUAGCCCAUCGAUUAAAUAUGUUCUCUAUGAGGAUGAUCGCAGCAAAAGUUGGCGAGUUCAGGCAAUGGCAAUAGCACCUGAUAGAUUUGAGAGUCGUAAAGCACUUCCUUCUGCAUGGCGUGGACUCAGAGACGAAGAACUAUCCAAGGAGUCAGGAAUCUCUGGUUGCAUUUUUGUCCACAUGAGUGGAUUUAUCGGUGGAAACCAUACAUACGAGGGCGCAUUGGCAAUGGCAAAAUCUGCCCUGAAACUCUAACCUCAUGGUACCUCAACUGAACUCGAUUCAAACUCAGAUUUGCCUAAAGAAAUCUGACAAGGUAGCACUGUUAUUUCUCGGAUUGUUCUUAAAUUUUGGUUUGAGGCCGUAUCUGUCAUUGUUUCGAGGUAAGAUGUUUGCUAGGCUGGCACAGGGAAAGCUGACUUCAAUGUAGGGUAUAUCAAUGUUGAACCGGGUAUCAGUGUUGAAACUUCAGUUUUUUGCCGGGCA